UUUGUGUCUGACUACAUUGCCCGGUAGCUAUGUAGCAAAUCGUGAUAAGUAAAAUUAUGGCAGCUACAAGAUUAAUAGAAUGUUGUUCUAUACGUAUUAUGUUACUCAAACACGUUAUGUGUAAAGUGAAAAGUUAUUCAUAAUUCCUUACAAAAUUAUGGCUGAAAUGCAUGUAACACUUAAAUAAUGUUACAUUUAAGAAGACUACCAGGUAUCCUUUACCAACGGCGGUAUGUGACAGCAACUUUAAUAAUAAUAAUACUAACAACCAUAUACUACCUCAUACAUUGGGGAAUUAUGUGCACUAACCUGGAAACCUGGCAACACGUCAGUCAUCUAUGCCGUCUCCAUAGGAGGGGUGAAGCUAUUGGAAGUCUCUGCAAACCACUGUGUGUAGACAAACAAAUCCAUUCACUGACUUGUCAUGCAUUCCAUGCAGGCAAGGAAGCUGUCUUCUCUGCAGAAUGGGAAGGCAUUCGAAUGGUAUUCAAAGCCUCAAGAAAAUCCAGUGGUGAAAACUUUGACCCUGUUUACUGGCUUGACAGUGAUGGGGCCAAACACUAUCCAACAGAGGAUGAGUUUGACACGAUGGUUCGUAAUGUUGUGAUAUCAAAAUUGAACCUUACCAUUUCCAAUGAUCAGCUGAAUAGAUUAAGCCGACUUGGAUUCUCAAAAGCAAAGGAGAAAUCAGUGACACGACAGAUUGAAAUGCAGAAUCUAUGGUUUCUUCUUCAAGAUAAUGAAUAUUUGUGCUCCAUUUUAUAUGCAGACAGAGAUAUCUUCCCACAGCUGCUGGGUACUUGUGGUCCAUUUUUUGGUGUUGAGUAUGUGGACCCUGUAGAGAUGUCUUCUGGUGUGAUGUCAAUGGGAGAUGGCCAUGAGGAAUGGGCCACGAGGCUCAAGCUUGCGGUUCUUAUGAUGGACCUGCUGAAUGAGUUGGAGACAAACCUUGCUGAGCCAUUCCAUUUAUGUGACAUAAAAAUGAGCCACUUUGGCCUCACAAAGGGUGGACAACAUUUGAAGUUUCUUGACCUUGAUUCCGUCUUACCACGAACAGUUGUUGGACGUUUGACUGCUGAUGGUAGUCACUGUACACGGCAUGAAGACUGUGACUUCUUUGACUGUCGUUCUAAGUGCAGUGCUGUUACUUCUCGUUGUGAUUUGCCAGUCACAAACAACAAUUUCCAGGUGGUAUGCGAGAAGAUCUUCCUGGGCUGGACUCUAUCAGGGACAGUGAUUGUGCCAGGACUACUCAUGUCACAACACACACCAUCAUCCCUGGCAGCCCUGCUCCGCCUCUGUGCAAACCCUGACACAGAUUUUAACAGUCCAAGGGCAGCUGUUCCUGAAGACAUCAAACGUCGUCUUUAUGCAACACUCACCGAGAUGGAGCAGACCCUAGCAAAUGAUGUUUUUGUAUGAAAUCCUAGUCUAAGUACAAAUUAAUUAUAAAAUAGUUUAUUGGUUUUUAUAUUAAGGUUCUUGUUAAUUUUCGUGAUGAAUGUUUUAGUAGUUGGCUGAGGCACUAUACUACAAGCCAGAAGGUCACAGGAUCGAAUUCCGAUGAAGUCACUGGAUUUUUUCA